AUUUGGGGAAGUAUGGUACCUUUCCAAAAACCUUGCAGAAAUCACAAAACGCUGCCUCCAAAGAACUCCCCAACAUUCUUUCAUUCAUAAGAAUCAAGAGGCAGCACUAGCUGGACAGUCAUGGGCAUUAGCAUAGCCUGCACAGACCUUCUUGACAAACAAAAAGCAGGUAAAACAUGAGAAGACCAACUCAAAUGGAACAAGCCAGCUGCAGAGUGUGUGAGUGUGUGGUUGUGGGAGGGAGUGGUGUGGCGAGAGAAAAUGAGAGGUUUUGUGGAGGGAGACUACCACUUUUAUUGCUUGGAGAGGAACUGACUGGGUGAGAUUUGGCUCUGUAAAUUCUGGCUAGUAUUUAGAGUGUUAAAGCAAAAUGUAGAAAUCUGAUCUCAAUUUGGGGAAAAAACGAACAUAUCGGACCACUUCCUCAACCACAGUAGUAGCAGAAGUCAGCAGAAGUCAUAGAAACUAACUCCCUGGAUUUUGGAACCCAGCUCCUGCAGCAGAAGUCUUCGGAACAGCUGUUGAACGGGCAAUGAGUACCGAAGAGAAGUUUGGCUUUCACAGCCUCAAGUCGAUCAAGCGUGCAGAUUUGGUAGAGGUUGAUGGAGUCCAUUUAAUUGAUGGCACAGCAGAGAACUGGGAGUCUCUCUGGGGCUUCAAAGCCCAGCCUGAUGACCUUCUCAUUUCCACUUAUCCCAAAGCAGGAACCACCUGGAUUCAGGAAAUUGUGGACAUGAUCCAGCAGGAAGGUGACUCAGAAAAAUGUGCUCGGGGCCCCAUCUAUGACAGAAUGCCUUUCAUAGACCUCUUCCUUCCAAAACCCUUUCCAACAUGGCUAGAAAUGGUAGAGUCGAUGCCUUCUCCACGCACAAUGAAAACUCACCUGCCAGCCCAGCUAGUGCCACCUUCAUUCUGGGAACAGAACUGCAAGAUCAUUUAUGUCGCCAGGAACGCUAAGGACAAUGCAGUCUCCUACUUUCAUUUCCACCGCAUGAACCAUGGGAUGCCAGAGCCAGGGACCUGGGACCAAUUUCUGGAGAAUUUCCUUACUGGGAAGGUUGCUUGGGGCUCCUGGCUUCACCAUGUUUGCGGCUGGUGGGAAGCGAAGGACCGACACCCAAUUCUCUAUCUCUUCUAUGAAGACAUAAAGGAGGACCCAGCUCGGGAAAUCCGGAAGGUAGCCCAAUUCCUGGGCCAAGAGCUCCCAGAAUCAAUUGUGAAUAAAAUAGUUCAGCACACGUCGUUUGAGAGCAUGAGAACCAACCCGAUGGCUAAUUACAGCACCCUGCCCUCCUUCAUCAUGGACCAAACCGUGUCACCCUUCAUGAGAUCAGGCACUGUCGGAAAUUGGAAGAAACAAUUCACAGUGGCUCAGAGUGAACGGCUGGAUGAUAUGUAUGCCCCAAAACUUCAGAAAAGCGGCCUAAAUUUCCGCUACCAGUUAGAAGCAUAAUGCUGCAAAAUUCUCACCAAGACCUUCACCAACAUGUACACAGGUUUUUGACUUUAAUAAAAGUUAUA